UCAGCUACCCUUGCUGACCAAGGUAAUGUCUCUUACAGAAAAUGGAAAACACAAUUUACAUGUGCUUUUCUUAUUUAAUGCACAGUACGAUCAUAUCUGUAUCCUGAACAUGUGUUUUUCAUGGCUAGAAUCCAGAGAACAUUGAAGUGAAGUUUUAGGUAUGACGUACUUUCUCGCAUGCACACAAACAUCCCACUGUGUGUGGGUGUUGGAGAGGGAGAAGAGAAAGGGAGAGAGGUGGCCUGCUCACCUGGCUUGAGUGGCUCUUUUGCUCCUGCGCUAUUAUUUGUGGAGGGGCACUGAGGAGGCCACGCUGCAGCAUCACACAGUUCUUCACACAUCCGUGGAAAAACGGCCACAUCAGAGGCGCCAUCAGCUAUCACUUAGACACCAGUAGUACUGCUUGCACACCUGACACUUUGGAAAGUGCAUGUCUAAAAAAGAAGGUGGCAGACUUUUUAUCCACAGGCAGCUAAACAUGAAAAUGUGUCACCAAUUAAAACAGUUAAUCCUGAAGAUCAUUUUAGUGGAUUUAAUUUUUCUAACACUUUUUAUGACAUCAGGUACAUUUUCAUAAUAAAAAUUAUUAAGAGUUCCUGUUUAAAAGGAAAAAUUUUAAAACAAAUACAGGUCAAAUGCCUCACUGCAUUUGCCAGAAUAGCAUUAGAAGAAGAGACGCCUUAAAUUAUGCACAGUAGACUUUCAGGCAUGAUUUACAGUGUACUUGAAUGGAUACUCAGUAUGUUACUUCAAAUGAUAAAACACAUAGACUAACACAUGAUGUUAUGAAUAUAAUCAUGUCAUUAGAAACACAGGACCGUUCCUGCCUCCUUAGUGCCACCACUAAGGUGGUAGGAUUUGUGGCAGUUGUCCACAAGUGUCACAUCUUGGAACUGUUGGUGAAUGCUUCGGCUUAGCUUCUCAGAGCCCCUCCCCUGCCACUUAUUGUGUGUGAUCUAUAGGCAGCUAGAGGUCUGUGGUACUUUAUUGGGAUCUUUUUUUCUCUUUCUCUCUUUCCCCUUUGGUCUUUGCUCUUUCUCUCUAACAUUGUUUUUGCAUUGCAUGUGUUAACUUGGUAGCAUUCAGUACUAUUUCCUCUCAACACUCUGUCCUAAUCACUACUACAGUUUUCCCUCCCAGACUCAUUCCUCCCACUUCUCCUGCCCUUUCCAGUCCCUCACACCCACCCUCCUCCUCCUUACCUGACCCUGUCCCCCGAGCGAUAUGCAGCGGGCAGCCUCAGAGCCACAGGAAGCACACAUACACCGGAAAUCAAAGAAACACGAGUAUGCAGGCCUCAGGAAGAUUCAUUUCUUGGUGAAAAAGUUUAUUGUGUCAUUUUAGAAAGAAAAGGGAUAUUUUAGGUGUCAGCAUAUCAGCUGUUACUGAAGUGUGUAGCCUUUUGCUUUAUAGCCAGACCAUAUUUGACACAGCUGUUUGUCCCUGUUAACUGUUAGACUUCUGUCACCAAAUGUUUAAGAAGAAGAACACAAGGAAAAGGUCAAGCCCAAUCCUUUUCAAGUCUUGACCCUUAUUGUUAUUUAUUUAUUUAUUUUUUAAACACCUCUCGAGUCAGCCCAGUGAGCAGCAGGGCUGAUGGUUUCAAGGUCUUUGCAUGUUAAGAAUAAAACAAAAAAAAUAGCAAUAAGUCUGUAAACCAGUCUGACCACCUUCCUUAAGACUGAAUGUGUAUGCAAGUCUUAUAGUCUGUUUAAAGAACUCAGAGUCCCGUCAAAUGUGGGCCUUCAGUGUCUUUACUUAACUUUGAUAAGGUGAAUUUGGUCUUCAGAAUUAUGAGGUAAGUAUGUAUUUUUAAAUAAUUAUUUUCAACAUUUAUACUAAUUGGACUUUAAUGCUUUUCUGUGAUUUUCCCCACCACUUAGUUAAUGAAGUCUUUAAUCCCUUCACAUUACAUCUGGCACAGUUUACUGGGAGGUAGGAGGCUGCUGUUCUAGUCAUCUCUUAUUGCACAGAGACAGUUGUUUCCAUUUAGCUACACCUACAGUAGCUGAGACAGAGCAGGAAUGUACAGCACCAAACACGGGGGAGCUACAUGAGUUUACGAGGAGCAACAGACAGCAGAGCCUGUCCACUACCAGCUCUUGCCAGAAGACAUUCCUCAGGGACACAAGAAAGGAUGAUGAGUAACUGCAGCAACCUACUUCUUGCAAGACAGAUCCCUUAAGGGUCUGUCUCAGUCUUCUUUUUAGAAUGUGAAAGAUCUCAGAUCUGUUUAAGAGCAGUCAACCAAGAAAAUGUACAGAAAAUGCGUGGUAGUUCAGGUUUAGUAAUGUAGAUGGGUUAGUAUGCCUGCCUCAUGUUAUAUCCUCUUUAGUAAUCUGAACCAGAGCCGUUUCUUUGACCCACACAGGCACACACAAACACACCCAUGCUGUACACAUAUAAAUGCUUAGACUGAUGUAAUAAAACUCCUAAAUACUCUGAGGUCUCUAGGUGGGGUCCCCUGCAUAUCACUUCCCUUCCCAUAUCUUUUGUCAUGCACUGUGCCAAUGACAGCACAAUGCACACUUAAAAAAAAAAAAUACACUCCCUCUUGUAGAUCUCUUUUGUUUGGAUAACAUUUUCUAUUUUUUCUUUCUCCUGUAUUAACAGUCAGUUGGUGGAUUUAUUGACAUGCCUACCUUUUCUGUUUGUAUACAGUAUUAUGUUUGUUUAAAAGCAGAGAGAGAUUUGCAUUUUUAAGAUCUAGAGAAUCUAGCAGAAUUGCAGUUGAAAGCGUUUGGCCGGUUUCUUACGUUGUGUCACGUGUGACUGUUUUUUUGACAGCCCAGUAUUUUAAAGCCAGGUUCGUAUGGAAAUGCCUUCACUCCACUUGCACUGCUGUUGGACUCGCCGUCGUUGCUUUCAUCCGUCUGUCUGUCUAUUCUUUUGGUGCACUCAUCUGUUGUUCAACAUGCAGUCUGCGCCUCAUCUCCGCCCUCUGACCUUUCCUGAGCCCAUUUUGAACUAAUCUCUUUAUUAGUGUUAGCACUUGCGACUGGUGCCUCAUCCAACCUGCCCUUCCUGUUUUUACUUUGUCUUUAAAUCUCACUGAGAUCAAAUAAAAAAUAUGAGAGAUUUAGAAGAGGAAACAUGUUUAAUUUAAGAUAGGGCUUAUGUUCUCUGAGCUUGCAGAGGUUUACGUUUCACUGUGUAUCCCUUGGUCAGACUUCUCUGACUUUGGUUAAGAGAAAUAAACAGGUCAGCUAACUGGGAUUGUGUAGAGGCUGAGCAGGGGUAUUUCUCAGAUGAAUUUUAUUUCCUUUCUUGCUCCAAAGCCUCACAUAUCAGCCAAACCCCCAAAUUAAUAUAAAUGUCCGUGUGCAGAGAGUGGUUGCACCAUAAGACUGCAGUAAGGGACAGAAGCAUUCUCAAUGUCGGUGGGAGGGGAGGCAUUCACUGCAGCAAUUUCUGCAGUGUUUCCUCACACAGUGAAGUCAGGGGACAUGUUGUCCACCAGGCAGGAGGAAACCGGCUUUACCAGCCAUACAACCUCUGUUUCUGUGCAUCUUAUGACUUGUCCAGAAACUGCCAGACGGAGACAACUCAUAGAUUGUGAUAACAUGACAGUGUACCUUCAGUGUCCUACUUAUGAGUUAAUACAUGCAGGCUGUCUCUAGUUCACUUCCCACCAUGUGAUACACAGCACAGAUUCCUCUCUUAUCUCGCCCCACAGCGGAGGGGAUCUGACAGUCACACAGCUCAAACAUCCAUGAAAUGGAAGGAAAAACUACCAAAUCCUAACAGAAACAGGAAGUGAGGCAAUUUAGGCUCUCUCUUGGGUAACUGAGACAAACAUCAGACAGAUGUUUUGGACGUGUUUAUUCUAGUCAUCAUGGUGAAGUGCCAUUUCGUUGUUCUUACAACCAACAUAGUGUUUUUCUUCUACAAAUAUUAAAUAGGGCAAAGGAAGGCAACAGUUAGCUUUGAAAAACAGACAGUGGUUGGAAAAAAAAGCAUUAAGCCAAAUCUCAAUUCUGACCUUGCGGGCGGAGAUGCAGUGUGUGCUGUGUGUGUGACUACCACUCCCCUUCACAUGCACUAACCAAUAUAAGCCCAGCUCACCUCCACCACCCUAGAAACUCACCUCCACCAUGGCUCAGCCUGCUCUGUUCUGCCCCCUGUCCUGACCUCCUCUUUUGCCAAAGAGAACUAAUCGAGCCCUGUUGAGCCAUCACCUUCCUCUCUGUGCCUGAUCCACCUGAGACUAACACAGCUGGAGUUUUGUUAAACCACCCUCCACCCCCAGCCCGCCCCAUCCCUCUGUAUGUGUACCAUUCACAGUGCGCUACUAACACCGACGAUCCUUUUUGUUAAAGCUCUUUAACAAAAAGCUGCAUGCUGUUUUUUUUUUCUGUUUUGUUCCAACCCCUUCACUUUCUGUUUGUGAAAGUUGAUGUCAAACUCUUUGUGAUUAUAAAUAUCCUUUUUGUUUGGUUUGUAUGUUUUUUGGUAGAAUGCAGCACUCUGGUGAAUGUUAGACAAGCUUGGAAUAGUUAUAAUCACAACAGAAAAAACACUUCUUAUUAAGAAAUCUCAUUGUUUCCUGUUUAUUUGUGCUUGAGGAUGUACUGUAGUGUGUAGUGGUGGGACGGUCUUGCAUUUCACUUAAUGUUUUUAUUUUGUUGCUGACCCACACUAGUGAUAUAACUGUCUCAGACAUGCACAUUGGGCCCCACAGUGUGCUAGGAAUUCCUGUUGUGUAUGUUCCUGCACUCCUCUCUAGUCUCUUUGAUUCAUUAGCAAUUGCCUGGUCUUGUCCACAUUGUCGGUUGUGUAGCCUUUAUCAUAUCAAGCACUAGUAAAACAAUUACUUUAAAGUAGACUGCCUUGUUGACAUUGCACACUUUUGGAAGUCCACUGUGAAAAUGUGUCUCUGGUGAGCUUGUGGUAAAGCUACUGUGAGUAUGUUUAUGCUAGGUAGAAACGACCCUGCGGUUUGUAAAAGCCAUCUAGAAUGUUUUCUAGCGUCUGAGUAAUAACGAUAUGUGUGAUAAUGGUCAAAUUAGAUGCACGCUAACAGCACAAAUUCUUGGUUUAAAGUCGAACGUGAACGUGGUUGGGACCAGACCUUUGAUAACAGACCAGAGAUGCUGGAGAUGUCCAAGAACAUGCACAACAGCUAUUUCUAGUAUGUCUAACGGGGCUACAUGCCCACAAUGUCUCCCUCUCUUCACCUGCACACCCACAUAUCCCCCCACACGUGCAUACUCUGUCCACCCUGGGCCUUGUAAUGGUAAUCCAAGGCCCACUAGCUCCACUUCUGUCUCUUCCUCUUGCUAUAUUUUUUGUGACAGCUGCAUAUGUUUCAUGGUGCUCCCCUUGUCAUGGUUUACGGAAUCACAGCAAGCUUGGAGUUUCUGGUCUUCGUUUUGUUAAUGCAAGAUUUCCAUACCUGUUCUGUGUCACUUUUCUUUGUGUACUAAGAUCUUGCUCUGUAGUGGUUCAUAUAUGUAUGCGUGUGAUACAUAUAUUUCCCUCUCCUUCCUCCUCCUCUUAACUUCUCAGUUAGUGGAUGUGACUUGAUGUGUUAUCUUUUAUCAUCCCCCCCAAAAUAGAAAUGUUCAUGCCCAAUCUCUUUGCCUUAUAAAGGUUUUUAAACUGCACUCCCACUGUAGGAGGGUAUCCUGUAGUUUACAGGCUACACAUAGCCUCAUCUAUUCAUCAUAGUGGAAAACUUACCCUCCCUCUCAGCCUCCCUCCCUCUAUCUCCCCCCACCCACCCCUAACUACCACUCCUUGUGCUGGAAAGACACUGAUGUUACACGCUGUAGGUGAUGUGGAUGACGAAAAUGAUGAUGGUGAUGGUGGUGGUGGUUGUGCUGAUGAUGAUAGCGUGAUCUGAGUGUUUUAUUUUAUUUUGUGUGUUUGUUUUUUGACCCGUGCCCACGGGGAAAAGCUCCUCUUAUUAUUGGAAUAUUUUUGGUUUUUUUCUCCUCUGUUCUCUCUGCUAGGAUAACAUCGGGCACCGGCUGCUUCAGAAACAUGGCUGGAAGUUGGGGCAAGGCCUUGGCAAAACCAUGCAGGGUAAGGUUUGUUGGAUCCCCUCUGUAUGUCAGUAUGUGUGUGUGUGGGUGUGUUUUCUUUCUCCCACUCUGCAGUUGACCUCAAUGUAACACCCCUUUUACAGUGUACCGUAGGCUAAUGGCCUCUGUCAGCUUCCUCCUCUUUGCUUCAUAAUCACUAAACCUUUAUUUCAAUCUGCUCAAGAGUAAAGUACUUCGAUUUGAACAAAACUGCAAAAAUCCAUUUGAAAUCGAGGUAGAUUUAGGAAGCCAUGAUUCCAUCACAUCCCUUAGAAUCAUCAUCUCCACAUAUUUUAGAUUUUUAUUUUUCCUCUUUGAGUUUCCGUGGCUGCUGUCGGGUAUCUGAUUGGCUGUAACCACGGCUCAGACUUUGAAUGGCUUGCAGAGUAGACAAGUUUUCCCCCCUCUGCUUGUUUGCCUGUUUCUACCUCCAAACCUGUGAAACUUGUGUGUAUGUGUGUGGUCAUUAUGUGGGAAUGAGACGCGUGUGUGUGUGUGACUGUUACUGACUGGGCCAUAGAGUCAACUUACAGGGAAAACCUCACCACCCUUCUACACCCCGAAUGUCUCUGUCCCCAUGGUUACACGCUCCCAUCCUCCCCCUGUUUCUUUGCCCCUCCUGCACAGCAUGUUUGUCCCAGAGGUGCACUCCUGCCUGCCUCAAACUGUCACACUCACCUGGGGCUUUAAGCAGUGUUGGAGGUAACACACUGAACUACUACUUUCACAUGAUAGAGUGAAAUGUAAUGCUCCAGAUGGGUGCACAGUUCACAUUUUCAAGUGUACUUUAGAAGAAAAAAAAUUGCUGUUGCAUAGCAAUGCAGAACCUGCUCUAAGCACUGCUUAAAGCCUUGCUGGCUCUUUCCUCAGGUACAUUUUAUGUGUGUCAUGUGUUCACUUGUUCCGGGGGGUUAAGCACAUCCCAAAACAAGCUUUCUGGCUGUAGGCUAGCGAGGAAAUGAAAGAAUCUCAGGGAGAUUUGCUAACUGGGCUGACAAGCGUUUGCGAGGCAAAAAGCUCAAAGGGGGAAAAUGGUGGUCGUCCCUAGAGGCAUCUAUCAUCUCAGACUAUGUAUUUGACCACAAGUUAAAAAAAAAAAGACAUAAACGUUUCCCUGUAGCACACACUGCAAAAGUAGAUAUUACUUUUGAAUCACAAUUUUAUUAGAUGAUACAUUUCCUUUCUUGCUUUACCUGUCGGAGUUGAUAUGCCAUCAGACUAUUUUUUUAAUCAGUCCCUCAACCAGUACAGCUCCUCCAAAAGUACUUAUCUGAUGGGGCUUCUAAUUUUUUUUCUGCUUGGCAAAGGUAAAAAGUGAAGUACUGUUAUGUUUUUAAAAAGGGAUAUAGGACUUUUGGCAUUCUUCGUAAGGGGUGGUAGUUUGGGACCCUUGGGGCAUACAGUGGUUGAGAGAGCAAGAUGAUGCCAGGUUAGGGGCCUGGGGACUGGGACCAGUGGGCGGGAGAGAGUGGUGAGAGGAAAUCCCUGUAAGCACCUAGCCCUGAGUGAAGGGAUGAGGGGGGUGGGGGGGUGACACACUGAGGCCCCUCUGGUAAUGAACCCCCCCUUAACCCCACAACCACACUCCCAACCCCACCCUCCCUUCUCUAUGUGCCUCAAUCUUCCUGCUUAACCAAUUGGUGUUUCUUUUUUACAGCGAUUUGAUCCUGCCCAUGUUGUGCUGAUGGUAAACUUAGUGGACGCACCGACCCUGUGCCCAUUAUCCUCAAAUAUGAUGUCAUGGGGAUGGGACGGAUGGAGAUGGAGCUGGACUAUGCAGAGGAUGCCACAGAGAAGAGAAGAGUGCUCGAAGUGGAGAAGGAGGAUACAGAGGAGCUGCGGCAAAAAUACAAGGACCAGAUGGAAAAGGAGAAAGCCAUUGCAAAGGCUCUGGAAGACCUGAGAGCCAAUUUCUACUGUGAGCUAUGUGACAAACAGUACACCAAACACCAAGAAUUUGACAACCACAUAAACUCUUAUGACCACGCUCACAAGCAGAGGCUUAAAGAGCUGAAGCAGAGAGAAUUUGCUCGUAAUGUGUCAUCACGUUCCCGAAAAGAUGGAAAGAAGCAAGAAAAGAUGCUGCGCCGACUGCACGAGUUGGCUGAGCAGAGGAAACACCAGGACCGAACUCCAGGAAGUGGGCCCAUGUUCAAAACCACCACAGUGGCUGUGGACGGUGAGAAGGCAGAAGAUGGCGACAACAUGACGCCUGAGAACCCUGCUUUGACAGACGGUGCCCUGGAAGGAUCACUGACAGACAAAACUGGGCAAGCCUCCCCGAAGCCUGGCCCAGCCAUCAGCUUCUCUCUGGGAAAGAACAACUCCUCCUCCCCAACCCCAAGUGGUGCAUCCAAAGUCAGUGUGUCCUUCUCUUUUGCCAAGAAAGCUCCGGUAAAGCUGGAAACAGCAGCUGCAGUGUUUGCUGAUCAUGGUGAGGAGGCUAUGGAGGAAGAGGAGAGCCAGGAGGGGGAAAAGGCUGGAGGACAGGAGGAGACAUCUGCCUGUGGCACAGACAGCCCCAAGGGAGUAUCAGGAGGAGGUGAUGGAGUAGAGGGCAGCAGCGUGGCAGGGACAGAAGAGGUGCAGCAGCCCGAUGAUGGAGGCUCUCUAGCCUCCACACUCAACAAACUGAAGAUGAUGAUGAAAAAGGAGGAAGGAUAUGCUGGACAGGAGCCUCAGUACUAUCACUAUGUACCUCCAGCUCACUGCCGGGUAAAGCCUCACUUCCAGUUUUUACUGUUCAUGAAGGCCACCGAUCAGUGUCAGAGCAAAGAAGAGGAAGAUGAGGAAGAAGGACAGGAGGAAAAAAAGGUUGACGAUAGUCCUGAACGGACAGAGCCCGGUAUUGCAGAGUGUAAGACUGAAAAAGAACAAGGUAAUGCCACUUCAGCCCCUGACCUAGAGCCAACUCCUCUAUCACCUAAAGUGAAGACAGAGGAUGUCUCUUCAUGCGCAGCAGACACAGCUUCCACCGAACCUACUUCACCUGCACAAAAAGCAGAGAGCACACAGGAUACUCUGGACUCCAAUUCAGGCCCUAAAAUCCCCACUGGUCCCUUCUUCCCAGUCCUUAGCAAAGAUGAGAGCACUACCCUGCAGUGGCCCUCCGAGCUCCUUGAAUUUACAAAAGCUCAGCCUUCCCUGUCUUACAGCUGUAAUCCCCUAUACUUCGACUUCAAGCUGUCCCGCAACAAAGGAGUGCGUGGUGGGAAAGCAGCAAAGUCCCCUAAGCCUUGUGAAGAAUCUGAUGACAAGGGACAAGAGGUAGCAGCUUCAACAGCUGAAGUAGACUCAACCACGAAAGCUGGAACGAGCACGGACAAAGAUAAGCCAAUGAUGAAGGGAGAGCCUGGCCAGUCAGAAGGUGAUGAGCAAAAGCCUCCAACUGGCAGCAGUAGUGCCAAGAAAAAAAAGAAAAAGAAGAAGCAUAAGAAGUCUGCAAAGCACUCAAAACGCAAAGGAAAAGACAAAGGAGCAGCAGAAGAUGCAGAGGGAGAGACAGAGGUAACGCAAGAGAAGCCCAAAAAGAAGAAAAAACACAAACGGAAGAAGAGCAAAAACAAAGCUCCAGAUCAAGAUGAUGCAACAGGUGAUGAGAAGGAGAAAGCAAAACCAAAGUCCGAAGAUAAAGCUGUUUCCUCUACUGUUCAGCCGGCACCUGGGGCGGGAGGAGCUACAGGAAACGCAGGAGUAGAGCUGGGGAAGAGAAAACGUGCUACUAAGGAAGUGCCUUGCAAGUCUGGAGCAGAGGAAGGAGGAACCAGAAAAGGCUCAGAGAAGGCCAACUCCUCAGAGGAGCACAGUGGCACCAAGCGACAAAAGACUGACUCCAGUGCACCUCAAAGUGCCUCCUGCUCCACCUCAGCCCAAAAGAGUCCUGGUCCUGGUAGGCCUCCAAGCAGUGAGAGUGAAGAAGAAGGCGGCUCUAACACUCAACGCUCUCGUCAUCACAGGUCAAGUCCUCGGGAACAACGACGCCACCACAGUGAGGAAUCGGGGCGGUCCUGCAGUCGUUCAUCGAGACGAGGAGAAAGACGGGGAAGCAGCCGUCGUCGGCACCGCGGCCAAGCCUCCCGUAGUCACUCUUACUCCAGCAGCUCUGAGCGCUCCUCAGCAGGCAGCAGUGCCUACAGCCACCGUAGCCGCAGCUACUCUGACAGCUACAGUGACUACAGCACAGAGGGUCGCAGGCGGCGGCGCUCCAAACGUUCGUCAGACUCAGACUAUGAGCGGCGGGGUAGCCGAGGACGUAGACGAUCCAGGAGACAUCAGUACUCCUCUUCCUCCUCAGAUGACUCCCGCUCACGUUCACGCAGCUACAGCCGCAGAAAAAGGCGUCGGCGGCACCACAGGAGCAGCUCGAGAAGCUCUAGUAGCUGGAGCCGCAGCACAAGUGCAAGAUCCUGGAGGCGCAGCUACAGCCGAAGCCACAGCUCUGCCAGCCGCUCCUCCAGUUCAACCAAAGGCUCCCCUCACCGACGAGGCACCAGAGGUCGAGGGGACAGUGACACACAUCGCAGAGACUUCAACCGCUCUCGCAUCUACCGCUCCCAAUCUCCACGAUCGUCUUCAUCACGAGGCCUUAAUCGCAACACCCAUUCAUCCAGCUCACAGGCUCUGAGGCCAGGGGGGUCCCGAGAUGCAGGGGAACAGAAAAACACCCUUACUGCACGCCAGCUUCUGGAGAAGGUCCAGUCUAAAAAAAGUUCUGAUGAUUCUGCUACAGGAACAAAAUCUGGCAUUAAGAUUAAAGACCCACCUCAGGGCUACUUUGGUCCCAAACUACCCCCGACCCUGGGAAAUAAAGCCAUGCUUCCACUUUUUGGCAAGCUGCAGGCAGGGAAGAAACCAGUGAUCCCCCUAACCAGACCCGAUGAGGGAGAGAAAUCAGGAACGGGGAAGGGGUCUGAGGCUGAGGGCGAGGUUAUCCUGGUAGAGCCGAUAAGGGAGUUUCCUCCUCCACCACCACCUCCAGCUCCACCAGUCCAGAAGGUUGAGGAGGCUCCUCAGAACACAGUGGCACAAGAAGAGACACAGCACCCCACUACAGAAGCCCAAGUGCACCAAGAACCCAGGCCAUUGUUUGAACAGGAGCCUUCCAUAAUGAUGCCUCAGUACCAAGGAGAUUCAGGACAGGACCCUUCCCAGAACCCCAUGAUGGAGUCCCUCAUGCCAGAAAUGCAGCAGCAGCCUCCAAUGCAUGCCUACCCUGCUUAUCCACCACCUAGUCUGGAGGAGGAUGGGAUGGAGGCAGAGGAGGACGGACUGGCUCCUUUGGAGAGUCAGCCCAUUACGUUCACACCAGAGGAGAUGGAGAAAUACAGUAAGCUACAACAGGCUGCACAGCAGCACAUCCAGCAGCAGCUUUUGGCCAAGCAGGUCAAGACAUUUCCCUCUGCAGCUGCUGCAGCCGCCGCCGCUGCAGCCGCCGCCAACUUGGCCCCUGCUCCUCCUCCACCAGCUCUGCAGCAGAUCCACAUUCAGCAGCCAACUGUGUCUGUGGCCUCCGGCACGUCGAUAACCACAGUGCAACACGCCAUCCUGCAGCACCACGCUGCCACUGCUGCAGCCAUGGGCAUCCACCCAGGUCAUCCCCACCACCCACACCCUGCACACGCCCAGUUGGCCCAGGUACACCACAUUCCCCAGCACCAUCUUACACCCAUCUCCCUGUCUCCUUUGGGUCCCUCCCUUGGUCAUUCUCUGGGACACUCACUGGGACAUGCUGGGCUGAUUCCUGCACACCCGACGGCCUUCCUCUCUGGUCAGCCCAUACAUAUUAUCCCAGCUUCUGCACUUCACCACACCCCUUUAGCUCUCCACCAUGUCCCACACACAGCCCUAUACCCCACACUUUUCACACCUCGGCCCUCACAGGCUGCUGCAGCUGCAGCUCUCCAGCUCCAUCCACUCCUACACCCAAUCUUUUCAGGGCAGGACCUCCAGCACCCACCUAAUCAUGGCUCAUGAGUUAUGACCCAAGUGAGGGAAUUAAUUCACAGCUCUUGGGGGAAGACUUGACCUGAACUGUAUUGGUUCGGGGUUUUAGAUGAAGUCUUUGUGACAACAUGCAGUCAGUGAGACAGGAAACUUGUCAAUAAACCACCAUUUUACUGGCCUACACAGUGCAGCAAGUCGGAGCCACAAAGUGGUGUUGCCUGUGUUGGUUUUAAAAUUGACACAUUUUUUUCUGGCUCGUGAGACUUUUUUUUUUUUUUUUUUUUUUUUUUUCAUGAUUCGCCCUGAAUUUUUAAGACAGGGCGUCAAUUUAAAGAGACUUCCUUUAUGUUCCAUGUAGGGGGAAUAUUAACAGGACCCAUAUGUUUUGAUGACAAAUCAGAGAAACCACUGGAGUUCCCUUUGUUGUUGUUUAUUUUCCACAUAAAAAUAUUAUUCUCACAGUUUUUGCUCAUUGUGGCAGCCAAAGAGAGACGUAACGGCUGAAGCAGAAUCAUGUCAGGAGAGGUGGAGGAGGAAGAAGUGGUAAUAUUCUAGAGACAUACAGCUUCGACUCUGUAAUGUAAACUUCAGAGACGUACUAUUUCAUAAUUACUGAUGCUUUCUGUUCUCAUAUGACUACUUGCUUUCUAUUGGAUCCCUGGUCUCAAAAUAAUUUGUAAUGCAGUAACUUGUACAUAUAUCAGUGUGUAAUGUGAAGAAUCCCACCAAUGAUGACCAUAUGAAAUUACAGCUAUGGUAUCCCAAUCAGUGUGACAUUGUCACUUAAGAACCACCCCUCUCUGAGCGAGGGGAAAUGUGAUGUAGGGGUUUUUGAUAUUCCUGAUGCUCUGAAACAAGGCUCAUGUCCCCUGUGCUGCGGGGUACACCUGAAUGAAUUGCACUGAAAUCUGUACAUCAAAAUGUGGUGCUUUUGCACCAUGUAACAAUAAGAUUGUAGUAUACUGCAAUAAUUGUAUUUUUCUGUUUUUAAAUUAUUUUCCAAAAUGCUCUUCAGAGGAAGGGCCGUGUUUUGCUUUUGUGUAAUUUUGUAAAUAAAACUGCUGUAGAUUAACCUAUUAACAUUCUAGAGGUUUGAGACUGCUGUUGGGGGGACAAAGCAGAAUGACAAGUUGGAUGGAAGAUGGACACUAUGUAUUUUAUCAAGGUUGUUUCUAAAUUACCCCGGCUGAGACGGGCUGGGGCGGCAAAGGAUAGCGAUCUGUCAAACAGUAGCAACUCUGUAUUUUUUAAAGACCUACUCUGUUUCAGCAAAUAAAAUCUUGAGUUCA